GUUCCCAUAACAGUUCGCAUCGGGGUUUGCCCUUGAUGACUAUGUCAAAUGUCUUGCUCAAAAAGGAAUAUCCAAAGGAAUAUACAUCCGCAGUCAGCACCCGCGUUUCCAAUGCACUGCUGGUGGGCGAGAUUAUCGGGCAGGUUAUCAUUAGUCUUACCUGUGACUACAUGAGUCGAAAGACAGCUAUCAUCUUCACAACCGCAAUGAUCGUGAUCGGAGGUAUCCUGGCCACUGCAGCUCACGGAGUCACUAUCAAUGGCAUGUUCUGGAUGAUGACGAUCGCGCGUGGAAUUAUCGGAUUCGGCACCGGAGGCGAAUAUCCCGCCUCAUCGACGUCCGCAUCCGAAGCAGCCAACGAACUCAGCCUGAAGAGGAGAGGACCUACUUUCAUCAUGGUAACCAACUUCCCGCUCUCAUUCGGUAGUCCCUUUGCGGUGUGCGUCUUCCUCAUCGUUCUCUCCGCAUGUCGUCAGUCGCAUUUCAGCACCGUCUGGCGAGUAUGCUUUGGAAUUGGCUGCAUCUGGCCCCUGAGCGUGUUCUACUUUCGAAUCCGCAUGCUGGAUUCAGUUCUGUAUCGGAGAGGAGCUAUUCGUAAACAUGUUCCUUAUAGUCUCGUUAUUAAAUACCUAGGUAGGUAUUACUGGAAAACUACCUAGGCUGUGACUUAUCUCUAUAGAGUUAACUAACAAAUGCCCUGAAGCGGGGUAUCAACCGUAGAUCUAAGCGUAAACCAAUCAGUAGUUAUUGCUUUAAAUUUUAGCCCAGAGGUGUUUCCAGUGUGGAACAGGUGUUCCGCA